AUGGCAUUCGUGGAAUGGCAGAACCAUCGUGACACAAAUUUAGAAGCUGCGUAUAGGAACAAAUACAAGCGUCUUCGAAAAUUAGCCAAAACGAUGAUUGAAUAUCGUCCGGAAGAAUAUUGGGACGAAGUAUGUGAGGGGAUAGAGAAGUCGAUCAAAAGUAACGAUCUUGCAACUGCAUUCUCGAUCAUGAGACGGCUUAAAAGAGGAAGUAAAAGAGUGGAAAACAUGCCAAUUGUAGACAAAAAUGGCAAAUUACUCGUGAACUCAACCGAUCAAUUAGAACGUUGGCGCAAGUAUUUUUGUGAAUCGUUGAAUGUUCAUUCAACUGUUGAUCCAUAUGUAAUAAAUAAGGUUCAAAUAACAAUACCAUCAAAAUUGGAGUUGGAACGACAGAACACGCAACCUUCUUUUGAAGAGGUGAAAAGAGCGUUAAAUCAAAUGAAAUCAAGAAAAGCUCCAGAAGGUGAUGAAGUGACAGCUGAUAUUCUAAAAGCUGGUGGUGAGCCAGUGAUAAAAUGGCUGCACGAAAUGUUCACCGAUAUGUGGGAGAAUGAGCAGGCGGUGAAGGAAUGCAGUUCAGCCACUCUAAUCAGGCUAUAUAAGAACAAAGGAGACAAAAAGCUAUGUGACAAUUACAGAGGUAUCUCGUUACUGAGUGUAACUGGCAAAAUAUUCUCACGUAUCAUUCUCAACCGUAUUCAAAAUUCGGUCGAUGAACGACUAUUAGAAAUACAAUCUAGUUUUCGAUCGAACAAAUCAACGAUUGAUCAAAUAUUCACACUGAAAAUGACUAUGGAAAGAAGGAGAGAGUUCAAUAAACCUUUGUUCAUGUGCUUCAUUGACAUUACAAAGGCUUACGACUCAGUCAGUCGUGAAGUGUUGUGGAGAAUAUGUCAAAGCUAUGGCAUUUUUGAAAAAUUGGUCAAUCUGCUACGAAUGCUAUAUAAGGAUUCAAAAGCAAAAGUAAAAAUUAAUGGAGAACUAUCAGACAGUUUCGACAUAGAAACAGGAGUAAUGCAAGAUGGAAUACCAUCUCCAAUGAUAUUCAAUAUCCUAUUUGAUUUUGUCAUUAGAAAAGUUAUUGAAGAGGCUAGCGUUGCUGAUGUAAAAUUUUCAUAUGGUAGUAAUGAUUUCUUUCACGGAAGUCGUGAAAAGUAUGAAAACUUUAAUGUCUUGGAUCUUCUAUAUGCAGACGAUUUGGCUGCAAUGUGUGAAACUACUGAUGAUCUGCAGAAAUUUAUAAGAUCGUUUGAAAAAAUCACACAACAAUUUGGCUUAACGAUGAGCGUUAAGAAAACAUGCAUUAUGACAUUACAGCAACUCAAGGAAGAUCAACAUGGAAAGGUUUUGAAAGGACAAGAAGUGGACCAUCCUAAUAUUGAUAUAAACAUUCGAAAUCAAAAGAUUGAAACAGUUGACUCUUUCACAUAUCUGGGAUGCACUAUUACCAGAGAUCAACGACAAGAUACAGAGCUAGAAAUCCGCCUAGCAAAAGCUGCUAGAGCAUUUAAUAUGCUACGAUAUUCAAUUUGGCAUAGAAAAUCGGUUUCAAUAGUAUCAAGACUCCGAAUUUUCAGAGCAUGUGUACUUCCAGUCUUAUUAUAUGGAAGCGAAGUUUGGUCGCUUACAAUAACUCAAGAGCGUAGAAUAACAAGUUUGUAUACGAGAUGUUUACGUACAAUCAUAGGAGUAAACUUAGGUGAUAGGAUGUCAAAUGACAAACUACUGGAAAUCACUGGACAACCAUCGAUCGAAGACAUCCUGCGUAGAAAUCGACUGAGAUGGUUCGGACAUGUGAAUAGAGCUGUAUACGAUGAUAAUGAAGCAUCAUUAAUGAAAAAGAUCAUGUUUUCAUACUUUCAUGACGAAAAAAGGCCGCAUAGUAUUGGAAUACGGAAAAGGUGGGAAGAUAAAGUCAUGCUCGAUAUCGAUGCACUUCAAAUUAGAAACUGGAGAAGUCUAACUCAGGAUAGAGAUAGAUGGCGAAAAGCAAUUAACAUAAAUGUACAAACUAAGGCAGUACAUAACAAUAUCAAAGAAAUUGUAUUUGAAUAUAAACAACGAGCAGUGGUAAGGAGAGUAAAAGAAAGAGCCGUAGCAUAG